UCCAAACAGCUGGCUCUCUCAUCUCACCCAGCAUGGAGACGGCUCCUCUUACUCUGGUAUGCACUUCUCCCAGUUAUAACUCCUUGUCUAACCUUCCCCGUCCAGGCUCACACCCACGCGCGCAAUGCCGUCCUAGAAACCCGCAAGUCCAACCCAGUCGCAGCCAGCGAGGAACAUGAUCUCGCAGCCGGCGAGUUUGCAGCGGCGGCCCAGAACAUAUCAGAUCGUGAGGUAAACAGGGGAGCCGUCCUUCUCUUAUGUGUAUGUAUCUAACACAGUGGCCACCCUUAGGCACUGCGAACACUCCAACUUCUGGAAAACCACCAUAAGAAGCUCGCUCAGAUCCUCCGCUUUCAGCAUGAGCAUCCGGCCCAUGCUGCUGCGGCAGAUGCAUCAGUCGCUUCAUCUGUGCCAGCUACAACCCCGUCUACCACAGACAAGUCCGGUGUCAAGACGCCCUCGUCUGGCCAGGAUACUCAGCAACAUCCCCCAAGACCGUCUGUCAAUACUCGGUUACCACCCAGGGAAACAUCGUCUAUCGCAAGUAACCUAGCCAGUGCUCGAGGGAUCCCAUCUCAUCCUCGUCGUGCGUCUCCUGCAUCUCCUGCUCUCUCUUCCCAGAAGGCUGGGGCCAAGAUGGCGGAGAGUCCGACGAGAACCAGGACAGGAGAAAUGAUGCGUGGAACACCACGGGCUUACAGAACAACAGAUCGUCCGGGCCAUCAAUCAACUCCUAAACAGUCUGGGACACCUACAGCGGUCAGUCCCACCGCAAUCACAUCCCAGCAAGUUGUCCCCGCGAAUGCCGAUCACUCUUCUCGACAGCGGGGCAGAUUCUCAGUCACAGAAGAACCAUUCCAACGUUUCUAUUCUACAUUCGAGGGUCUGAUUUCAAAAUUGUCGGCCCCUUUAGCAUUCGCGGGACUCCCUCUAGGGCCAGAUACAUCAGCGCAGGACGACGCGACUCGCCGUCGAUCAGCCACUGAAUCCAGGCUGGACCGCUAUCAAGCAACAUCUGAUCGUGCAAGUUCAUCCUCAGAGCCAGACGUCAGUAGACUAUUCUCGCCUGCCGCGCUACGAGCUAUCCGAGCCUCGAAUGGAGGCACAACCGGCAGUCCGGCGGAGUCAUUUUACGUGGUCCCCACGACGGGCGGCACGGUAUCCUAUGCGGGCAUCCUCACCCGUGCAGAGAAGGAUGCCCAGAGAAACAAUCUCGAAGAACUAGAGGAAGACUUUGUGGAUGCUCGCGAAACCGCCUCGCCAGCGGAUCUGCGCCAGAGCAUGACCGGAGCAGCAAAGAACAGGAGGCUUCGCGGCGCUGACCAACCUCAUAAUCAUCAACUCGUGACUCUUCAAAAUCCCAAAACAAUGGAGGAACUACAGAUGGAGAACCAAGCUUUGAAGCAUCUUUCUGACACGUUAUCCAAACGGCUACACAUGUGGGAAGUCAAUGCGCAGUCUUCAUCCAUAGCCCUCCAACAAUCUCUCAAAGCGAUGCACCACCCAGCCAUUUCGCCCGAUUCCACUUCUGCAACUGCACUCCCUACCGCUCUCGCUUCGGCCCCCUCUCCACAAGUAAUCGCAGACCUAGAACAACGGAUCCGGGACCUGGAAACGAACGCCCACCGUAUUGAACGGGAACGUGAGCGCCAAAACCGGGAGAACGAGAAGCUCAAAGUCACCCUCUCGCGGUAUCGAGAACGAUGGGAGAAAUUAAAAGAGGGUGCGAAAAUCAGACGGGCAGAGGCGAAAUUGGCGGGAGAGAACCCUAAUCCUGUUGCCGCUACGGGUAGCAAGGAGAAGUCCGUUGCAGACGACGCCAAUGCGUCUGAAAAGGCCAAGAAAGAGACUGGCCCUGCUCUGACUCCAACUCCAGCUCCGUUGCAAGACGAAGGUGACCAGCCCUCCACUGGAGGAGCUGAAGUCGAGACCAAGACCGUUGAGGCAGAGGGUAUCGUGGAGGGUACCGUGGAAAAUACAGAUACGUCUGAACAUCCAACUGGAGUUUCUGAACCUAGUUAGGUAAUUUAAUAUAUCCAUGAAUAAAGUCAAAGAUGGAAAUGUAAUAAUACGCUUGCCUCUGCAAUAUCCGAC